AAAAGCUAGAAAUUACCAAAUAAUACCAUGUAUAAUACUCGUAUGCAUAGCUUGCAAGUAUAUUUAGCAGAAGUUGGGAGCUUUUAGAUAUAAAUAGUUUUAGUGUGGGAUUUUGUAUAUUUUUGCAGAAGAUAUAUAAUACAAAGAGGUUGUGGGCUGUCACUUGCACACUCUUUGCUCCUACUCUCACCGGUUGGUUUCUCUUAUUGUUAAUUGUUUUUGCAGAUUCAGUAUUGGUGGGUUAUCUUCAUUUUGGCCUUUGAGUGCUAAUUUGUGAUGACAAUUAAGUCUUUUUAAUUUGGUAUCUCUUGGAUUUCCCUGCUUAUCUCAAGUUUUGGUCUAUUGGAUGGUGUUUGUGCUUUGAAGUUUCAUCUUUGCUUGUUACUUUGGUGAGAGACGAAAAUAUGGGGGAUAAAAGUGAAGUUUUGGAGGCUGUGCUGAAGGAAGCUGUGGAUUUGGAAAAUAUUCCCAUUGAGGAAGUGUUUGAGAAUCUAAGAUGUAGUAAAGAAGGUCUCACAACUGAGGCUGCUGAGGAGAGGCUAGCCAUUUUUGGCCAUAACAAGCUUGAAGAGAAACAGGAGAGCAAAUUCCUGAAGUUUUUGGGGUUUAUGUGGAAUCCUCUUUCAUGGGUGAUGGAAGCUGCUGCUAUUAUGGCUAUUGCUCUUGCAAAUGGAGGAGGGAAGCCUCCAGAUUGGCAAGACUUUGUGGGUAUUAUUACUUUGCUUUUGAUCAACUCUACUAUUAGCUUUAUUGAGGAAAACAAUGCUGGUAAUGCUGCUGCUGCUCUCAUGGCUCGGCUUGCGCCAAAAGCUAAGGUUCUUCGAGAUGGAAGGUGGACUGAGCAAGAUGCUGCUAUUUUAGUUCCUGGUGACAUUAUUAGUGUCAAACUUGGCGAUAUUAUUCCAGCUGAUGCUCGCUUACUAGAAGGUGAUCCACUGAAAAUUGACCAGUCUGCACUUACUGGUGAGUCCCUUCCUGUAACAAAAGGACCUGGAGAUGGCGUGUACUCAGGUUCUACUUGUAAGCAAGGAGAGAUUGAAGCUGUGGUUAUUGCUACCGGUGUCCAUACCUUCUUUGGGAAGGCUGCUCACCUUGUGGAUACCACAAACCAAGUUGGCCACUUCCAGAAGGUUUUGACUGCAAUAGGAAAUUUUUGCAUAUGUUCGAUUGCUGUGGGGAUGAUCAUAGAAAUUAUUGUCAUGUAUCCCAUUCAAGAUCGGAAGUAUCGUCCUGGAAUUGAUAAUCUUCUUGUCCUUCUCAUUGGAGGAAUUCCAAUUGCUAUGCCAACUGUCCUGUCUGUGACAAUGGCUAUUGGUUCUCAUAGGUUAUCUCAGCAGGGUGCCAUCACAAAGAGAAUGACUGCAAUUGAAGAAAUGGCAGGCAUGGAUGUGCUUUGCAGUGACAAGACAGGAACUUUGACAUUAAACAAACUUACUGUUGACAAAAAUCUUGUUGAGGUUUUUGCCAAAGGAGUAGAUGCAGAUACUGUCAUUUUGAUGGCAGCUCGAGCCUCUAGGACAGAGAAUCAAGAUGCUAUAGAUUCUGCUAUUGUUGGAACGCUAGCUGAUCCAAAAGAAGCUCGUGCUGGAAUUCAAGAAGUUCAUUUCCUUCCCUUUAAUCCUACUGAUAAGCGAACAGCCUUGACGUAUAUUGACAGUGAAGGUAAAAUGCAUAGAGUAAGCAAAGGCGCACCAGAACAGAUUCUAAAUCUGGCACACAAUAAGUCAGAUAUUGAACGAAGGGUUCAUGCCGUGAUUGACAAGUUUGCAGAAAGGGGUUUACGAUCUCUUGCUGUUGCAUACCAGGAAGUUCCAGAAGGAAGGAAAGAGAGUCCUGGAGGCCCUUGGCAGUUUAUUGGCCUCAUGCCACUGUUUGAUCCACCUAGGCAUGACAGUGCUGAGACAAUAAGGAGAGCUUUGAAUCUUGGUGUAAAUGUCAAAAUGAUUACAGGGGAUCAAUUGGCCAUUGGGAAGGAAACUGGACGUCGUUUGGGAAUGGGAACCAACAUGUAUCCUUCAUCUGCAUUGCUAGGACACGACAAAGAUGAGUCUAUUGCUGCUUUACCUAUUGAUGAACUGAUUGAAAAAGCUGAUGGCUUUGCUGGCGUUUUUCCUGAGCACAAAUAUGAGAUAGUAAAACGCCUGCAAGCAAGGAAACACAUAUGUGGGAUGACUGGUGAUGGAGUCAAUGAUGCUCCUGCUCUUAAGAAGGCUGACAUUGGGAUUGCUGUUGCUGAUGCAACUGAUGCAGCUCGUAGUGCUUCUGAUAUUGUCCUCACAGAACCUGGACUUAGUGUCAUCAUUAGUGCUGUCUUGACAAGUAGGGCAAUUUUUCAAAGGAUGAAAAAUUACACAAUCUAUGCAGUUUCCAUCACAAUUCGUAUUGUGCUUGGUUUCAUGCUGCUGGCCCUUAUAUGGAAGUUUGAUUUUCCACCAUUUAUGGUGCUUAUUAUUGCUAUUCUUAAUGAUGGUACCAUUAUGACCAUAUCUAAGGAUAGGGUGAAGCCAUCUCCUCUACCAGACAGCUGGAAGCUAGCGGAGAUUUUUACAACUGGAAUUAUUCUUGGUAGUUAUCUGGCAAUGAUGACGGUCAUAUUCUUUUGGGCAGCAUAUAAGACAGAUUUCUUCCCUAGGGUAUUUGGCGUAUCAACCUUGGAGAAAACAGCUCAUGAUGAUUUCAGAAAGCUUGCGUCAGCAAUUUACUUGCAAGUGAGCACUAUCAGUCAGGCCUUAAUUUUCGUGACGCGGUCACGAAGUUGGUCUUUUGUUGAACGUCCUGGAAUAUUACUUGUGGUGGCUUUUCUGAUUGCUCAGCUGGUGGCUACUCUGAUUGCAGUCUAUGCCAAUUGGAGUUUUGCUGCCAUUGAAGGAAUUGGUUGGGGUUGGGCUGGUGUGAUUUGGCUUUACAACAUCGUCUUUUACAUCCCACUCGACUUCAUCAAGUUCUUCAUACGCUAUGCUUUGAGUGGAAGGGCCUGGGAUCUUGUUAUUGAGCAAAGGAUUGCUUUCACAAGGCAAAAAGAUUUUGGUAAGGAACAACGAGAGCUUCAGUGGGCACAUGCACAGAGAACCUUGCAUGGGUUGCAACCUCCAGACACCAAGAUGUUCACAGAGCGAACCCAUUUCACUGAACUCAAUCAAAUGGCUGAGGAGGCUAAAAGGAGAGCUGAAAUCGCAAGAUUGAGGGAACUUCAUACACUCAAGGGUCAUGUAGAAUCAGUGGUGAGACUGAAGGGGCUUGACAUAGACACAAUUCAACAGGCAUACACGGUCUGAUGAUCGUCUCGGUAUACAAGAAAAAUAAAUGACGGGCUUUAUGGCUUCUCGGAGUAGAAACCUGUACGCAGAAUUUUCUUGUGAGUUUUCUUGGAACGACAAUGCCCAUUAUUGCAACAAGGCAUUUUGAUUUGAGUUCCACCAUUUAAAGGAUGCUGUCUGCAUCUUUUUAAUAUAUUUAUUCUCUAGUCUCUCUCUCUCUCUCUCUCUCUCUCUCUCUCUCUCUUCUCACCUUCUGAUGGCCACAAGAGGGGAAAGCUUUUUUUUUUUUUUUUUUGGCCAUUUUGUGUCUAUAUUAGGAAGGUUAAGGCUGUUUGGUUCUUUUCGUUGUAAUACAUAUGUAGCUGGGUGAUUGUACGAUGGUACUCUAUAGUUAGGGGAUGUGGACUUUUGAACUUCUGGUAAUCCAAUGAUAAAAAUUACUGCUUUUGCUUCCUAUUU